AUGUCGGUGCGCAUAGUUUAUAGUCAAUCAUUUGGAGUCAAAUACAAAGCUUCUGUUUGUUCUAAGGCGUUUAUAUUAUACGUUGUUAUAACUAUAUUAACUUUUGCCUUGCCGUUGAUAUUUUGCUAUCGAAGCAGUGGUAGAGUGAACAGACUAUGGAUUAAGUACGAGAAAUACAGAGAACAGCCUAUAGUACAAUUUAAGUUGCAGUACUUGUUAUAUGCUGAAACAUCUGACCCCAUGUCUCCGUUGAUUUGCGGUAACUAUCCGAAGACGUUAAAAACUACCGGACUYUGUUCCACCAUCAAGGUUAUAGAAGAAGACAUUAACAUUGAUGGGAAAAAAGAAUUUCUGGAUUUAGAGUUAUACUUGACCAUGAAUAAAACGUUAGAUGUACAUUCUAUAACUUUAUUGCUGAUAUUUGAUUUUAAAAUACAAGAUUUGUGUUUACUUGAAAUGGAAUCCAUGGCAGUUAUUACACACAGUUCUGGAUUGCCAGGCGGUAGAUUGGACGUAUUUGGUGAUUUAAACUUAGUACAAAAAAUACCUUUAGUAUGUACACCGAGGAAACCUAUUCGUAUGAAUAGACCUAUAUUGAUAUUUGAAUCUCCUGACUGGCUGGUCAACAUAUACGAGGAAUACUCAAAACGAACUCUUUCCACUAAGUUAGAUAACGUUUUAAUAAAGUGGACAAGAGGUCGACCUUAUCAACAGCCAUUUUUAAUAAAAACUAAAAUAAACUACGGUUUUGUGGAGAUUCUGUACAAACCAAAGUUUUGGCAAGUAAUGAAGUGGGCAUGGAUACAAUACUUUUCAGUACUCGUGUUAUCAGUAUUUAUAUUUAAAAAAGUUAAACGGUUUUUAUACACAAAUCAUAUAGUUACUACGAAAAUCGAACGUUCAGCUUAGAGUAAAUUUUAAUCUUCAUGCAUUAACUAUUAUAAUAAUUAAU